AUGCAGCCAAUGAUGUUCUCAGGCAGUUGCAAACCAGGUGUACUGUUGUAUAUGUAUUCUGUUUAUAUGGAAGUGCACACUCCCUUUAUCACCACUCCCCUUGAGACACUGGAUGCUUUAGUGGAAGAGGUGGCCACCUUCAUGUGUGCAGUUGAUUCCAAUCCCGAAUCAGAGGUUGCAUGGACGAGGAAUAACAACCCUAUCAGCUUGUUUGACACACGCUACAACAUCCGUGAAAAAGGCCAGCUCCUGACAAUUCUUAGUGUUGAGGAGAGUGAUGAUGGGGAGUACUGCUGUGUGGCUAAAAAUGAUGUGGGAGACCCUGCAGAAAGCUGUGGGGCUUUACAAGUGAAGAUGAAACCAAAAAUCACUCGUCCACCAAUUAAUAUAAAACUAAUCGAGGGAGUAAAAGCCGUUCUUCCUUGUAAUACCCUUGGAAACCCAAAGCCAUCUGUUUCCUGGAUGAAAGGAGAAAAUCAAGUCAAGGAAAAUGCUCGUAUUGCCAUUCUGGAAUCUGGGAGUUUAAGGAUUCAGAAAGUGCAAAGAGAAGAUGUUGGUCAGUAUCGAUGUGUAGCUAAAAACAGCCUGGGAACGGCAUAUUCCAAACCUGCAAAGCUAGAAGUUGAAGUGGUUGCCAGAAUAAUAAAGUCUCCAGAGUCACAGAAUGUCACAUUUGGCUCAGAUGUGUCAUUGAGGUGCACCGCAGAAGGCCUUCCAGUUCCAACAAUCAGAUGGUUUGAAAAUGGAAAAGCUGUUCCAGCAGAAUCUGUUGAGGAAACUGUCAAAGAUGGAGUAAUAUUUUCAAAAUUGCACGUGUACGCCACCAGACCAAGGCUGUUUACCUGUAUGGCAGAUAACAAGCACAGUGGCAGUUUUGGCACUGCAAAAUCAGCAGCAACGAUCAGCAUAUCAGAAUGGAGGUUAUACAAAGGUGAUGCUGGAUAUUGUAGCACAUACAAAGGGGACAUUUGUAAUAAAGUACUUACAAAGGACUCCCUGGUUUUCUUCAACUCUUCGAAUACUGAUCCAGAGGACAGUCAGGAAAUGCUAGCUCAAACUGCAUGGUCUGAACUGAAAACUGUGAGCCCAUUUUGCCGCUCUGCUGCUGAAGCACUUCUGUGCAACUAUAUUUUCCAAGAGUGCAACCCAACUGGAGAUGGGCCAGCUCCCAAACCAAUAUGCAGAGAACAUUGUCUUGCUGUAAAAGAUCUCUAUUGCUUUAAAGAAUGGCUUUCCAUGGAAGAUAGUACACGAAAAGGAAUAUACAAACAUGGGUUAAUGCUAUUGCCACUUCCUGAGUGUGAAAAGCUUCCGAGCAUUCAUAAAAACUCAAAAGUUUGCACUAGAAUUACAUAUUUUGACUUUCAGAAAGAAAACAUUACAAAGUCUUGCUAUAAAAGCCGUGGAAGAUAUUACCAAGGACAUAUCAAUACAACUGCCUCUGGUAUUCCUUGCCAGAAGUGGAGCCAGCAGUUACCUCAUCUACAUAGACGGUUACCUGAAGUUUUUCCAGAGCUGUUCAAUUCUGAGAAUUAUUGUCGAAACCCAGGAGGGGAGAGUGAACGUCCUUGGUGCUAUACCACUGACCCAACUGUGCGAUGGGAAUACUGCAAUGUACCGCUAUGUGGGACAAGUGAAGUAGAUCAUGACGCAACAAUAAAAACAGUGUUUGAGAUGCCCAUUAUACCAUCUUCAUCAUCGACAUUCUCUCCAACACACUCUAUGAUAGUCAUCAUAGCAACCAUCUCUAGUUUUGCUGCUAUGGCUUUAGUGUUAAUUGGUGUACUUGUUUGCUGCCGGAGGCAAAAGAAGUUAAAAAAUGAUAACAGUGAAGCUGCAUCACCGACACUUACAGCCCUACCAUCGGAACUUUUACUUGACAGACUACACCCUAAUCCCAUGUACCAGCGUAUGCCGCUCCUUCUUAAUCAUAAACUUAUCAGCCUGGAGUACCCAAGAAAUAACAUUGAAUAUGUCAGAGAUAUUGGUGAAGGAGCUUUUGGAAGGGUUUUUCAAGCCAGAGCGCCAGGCUUGCUUUCUUAUGAGCCAUUUACUAUGGUUGCAGUCAAGAUGCUUAAAGAAGAAGCCUCUGCAGAUAUGCAGGCCGAUUUCCAGAGAGAAGCGGCUCUCAUGGCAGAAUUUGAUCAUCCAAACAUUGUAAAGCUUCUAGGAGUUUGUGCUGUUGGAAAGCCAAUGUGUUUACUCUUUGAAUAUAUGGCACAUGGAGAUCUAAAUGAAUACCUGCGGCACAGAUCACCACGAGCUCUCAGUAGUCUAAGUCACUCUAGUCUUGCUGCAAAAGUAAGACUGUCUGACUUCAAUCCAUCUCCGCUCUCUUGCACUGAUCAGCUCCACAUUGCACGUCAGGUGUCAGCUGGUAUGGCUUAUUUGUCAGAACGCAAAUUUGUCCACAGAGACUUAGCCACAAGAAAUUGUUUAGUUGGCGAGAGCAUGGUGGUUAAAAUUGCUGAUUUUGGACUUUCUAGAAAUAUAUAUUCAGCUGAUUAUUACAAAGCAAAUGAGAAUGAUGCAAUUCCAAUUCGCUGGAUGCCUCCAGAGUCUAUCUUCUAUAAUCGUUAUACAUCAGAAUCUGAUUGCUGGGCUUACGGUGUGGUCCUGUGGGAAAUAUUCUCUUAUGGCAUGCAGCCAUAUUAUGGUAUGGCUCAUGAAGAAGUCAUCUACUAUGUCCGAGACGGAAAUAUUUUGUCAUGUCCAGAGAACUGCCCUUUGGAGCUAUAUAAUCUGAUGCGUCUUUGCUGGAGCAAGAUACCCUCGGAUAGGCCCAGCUUUGCAUGCAUUCAUCGCAUUUUGGAACGCAUGUACGAACGGGCGGUUUCUACUGUUCAAGUCUGAUGAAGAGUCACCUCAAUGUAGAAUUUUAUCUUUAAAUAUCCAAAUCUGUGCCUUAUUAUAUAAGCUGCCAAAAAGCUUCAUGUGCACACAUUGUGUUGAUGGAGAAUUGUGUGAGGAAAUACAGCACAAAGGAAGCCACUGAAGCACAAUAUGAAUUUACAUCAACAUUAAAAAAAAAGAAAUACAUUGAAAUACAUAGAUAGAUAUGUAUCUGAUUUAAUAGGUGAUACAAAGGGUAACAUCUAAAGAAAUAUAAAUGCAGUGUGUUCUCAAGUUUUAUUUUCAUUACCCUGGUCAAAAAGGAUGAUCUUCCUGGAGUCAUUCUGAAGUAAUCAAUGACUCAAGUCUAGUCAUCAGAAGCCACCCUGAAGUGUGCCCACAGGGUGAAAUAUUUAAAUGAGAUGACUAGAGUCAUUCACUGGCUGUUCAUGCUUGUGCAUUAAUUAGUAAGGUAAUCUGCUAAUCAUUCUGAAGUAAUCACAAAUCAUUUUUUACUUUAGCUUAUUAUUUAGCAAGCCUGAUGAUGUCUGAUGAUGGGCAAAUGGAUUCUAAAGUAGUUUGAUGAUCAUCAAAUGACUCUAGGAUGGUCUCUAAAGUAAUCCUGUUUGUCUUGGGUAAUCAGGAUUUCUAUAAUAAUAACGGGGUUAUAUUAGCGUCCCUGUGUGUGGAGAAAAAAAUGUAAGGAAAUAUAUAAGCCUCUGUCACUGACUAAGUUAAAGAAUUAUAUAUAUUUUCCCCAAUGUAAGCAAACAGUGGAAUGCAAUAGAAUGAAUUAAGAAUUAGACAUAUUUGCCAUACAGAAGCACAGAGCUCACUCUUUAAGCCAUCCAUUCCUAAAAUUUUGUUGCUAAGAAUACUAAAGUGUGUGUGUGUGUAUAUAUAUAUAUACACGUAUAUAUAUAUAUUAUAUAUAUAUAUAUAUAUAUAUAUGUAUAGCUCAUAAAAAUGGCACAGCUUUCAUUGUAUGGCAUUUCUUUACAAAUAAAACAAAACGCAACAAGGCUUGCACCCUAUCAAUAUUAAAUAUCAUGGGCGCGAUCCGAUAUACGGCGCAGGUUUCGGCGCAAGCUUGGAAACCUGCGCCGCCCGUAGUUUCAGCUCGCAACUCGAGCUAUCCCAUAUACGGCGCCGUCAGAGGCCAAAGUGCCGUAAGUCUCACAAACCAGCGAUGUCCAGAAAUCUGCGUAAGUACAAAUUUCUGGAGUCGCCAGUGACUUUCGGCACUUUAGAAACUGCCGCCGCAUAAAAAACCUGACUAAGUUAUUAAAUCACCCAUACUGUCUAACACGCCUCCUAAACAUAGCCUGACACGUCUAACCCUCUAUCCGCUAUCCCCCCUCACUCUCCUAAUAAUAAUAAAUGUAUUAACCCCUAAACCGCCGCUCCCGGACCCCGCCGCCACCUACAUUAUCUCUAUUACCCCCUAAUGUGAGCCCCUACACCGCUGCUACCUAUUUUAUCUAUAUUACCCCCUAAUGUGAGCCCCCUACACCGCCGCUACCUAUUUUAUCUAUAUUACACCCUAAUGUGAGCUCCUACACCGCCGCCAUCUAUAUUACCUACCCCCUAAUGUGAGCCCCUUACACCGCCGCCAUCUAUAUUACCUACCCCCUAAUGUGAGCCCCUUACACCGCCGCCAUCUAUAUUACCUACCCCCUAAUGUGAGCCCCUUACACCGCCGCCAUCUAUAUUACCUACCCCCUAAUGUGAGCCCCUUAUACCGCCACCAUCUAUAUUACCUACCACCUAAUGUGAGCUCCUACCCCGCCGCCAGCUAUAUUAAAAUUAUUAACCCCUAAUUUAAUCCCCCUACACCGCCGCCAGCUAUAUUAAAUUAAUUAACCCCUAAUUUAACCCCCCUAAAGUAAUCACCUCUAUUACCAGCCCUUAAAAGGGCCUUUUGCGUGACAUUGCCCCAAAGUAACAUCUCUAUUGCCAGCCCUUAAAAGGGCUUUUUGCGGGGCAUGCCCCAAAGAAAUCAGCUCUUUUACUAGCCUUUAAAAGGGCUUUUUUGCGGGGCAUUGUCACAAAGAAAUCAGCUCUUUUGCAUCUAAUCUAAAUCCCCCUACACCGCCGCCACCUAUAUUAAAUAGAUUAACCCCUAAUCUAAUCCCCCUACACUGCCACCACCUAUAUUAAAUAGAUUAACCCCUAAUCUAAUCCCCUACACCGCCGCCAGCUAUAUUAACUAUAUUAACCCUAAUUAUAUUAGGGUUAAUAUAGUUAAUAAAGUUAUUAUAUUAUAUAUAUUAACUAUAUUAACCCUAAUUAUAUUAGGGUUAAUAUAGUUAAUAUCGUUAUUAUAUUAUAUAUAUAUUAAGUAUAAUAACCCUAUCUAACUCUAACAUCCCUAACUAAAUUCUUAUUAAAAUAAAUCUAAUUAAUAUUAAUAUUAUUAAUUAAAAUAUUCCUAUUUAAAUCUAAAUACUUACCUAUAAAAUAAACCCUAAGAUAGCUACAAUGUAAUUAAUAAUUACAUUGUAGCUAUUUUAGGGUUUAUAUUUAUUUUACAGGUAACUUGGUAUUUAUUUUAACUAGGUACAAUAGUUAUUAAAUAGUUAAUAACUAUUUAAUAUCUACCUAGUUAAAAUAAUUACCAAUUUACCUGUAAAAUAAAUCCUAACCUAAGUUACAAAUACACCUACACUAUCAAUAAAUUAAAUAAACUACAAAUAUCUAAACUAAACUACAAUUAAAUACACUAAACUAAAUUACAAAAACAAACACUAAAUUACAAAAAAUAAAAAAGAUUACAAGAAUUUUAAGAUAAUUACACCUAUUCUAAGCCCCCUAAUAAAAUAACAAAGCCCCCCAAAAUAAAAAAAAUUCCCUACCCUAAUCUAAAUUACAAAAGUUCACAGCUCUAUUACCAGCCCUUAAAAGGGCCUUUUGUGGGGCAUGCCCCAAAGAAAUCAGCUCUUUUGCCUGUAAAAAAAACAACACCCCACCCAUUACAAUCCACCACCCACAUACCCCUAUUCUAACCCACCCAAUCCCCCCUUAAAAAAACCUAAGUCUAACCCCCAAGUGCUCCUUACCUGUCCUGAAGACCGGCGGAGAAGGUCCUGUUCCAGGUGGCGACCUCUUCUUCUUCCAGGAUCCAGCCGGUGCGGAGCGGAGGAGUUGAAGAUCAUUGACCGCGGAGCUGAAGACCGUCCAUCUGGAACUGAAGACCAGCGAUGCUGGAACUGAAGAUCGGCGAUGGUGGAACCGAAGACCUCUGGAACUGAAGACCAGAGCCGGAACGUGGAGGAUCCUCUUCAUACGAACGCCGCCGUACACUGAAUAGGAAUUCAAGGUACGCGAUUAAAAAUGGCGUCCCUUGAAUUCCUAUUGGCUGAUUUGAGCCUUCAAAUUCAAAUCAGCCAAUUGGAUGCGAGCUACUUUAAUUCUAUUGGCUUAUUUGAAUAGCCAAUAGAAUAAGAGCUACUGUAAGUCUAUUAGCUGAUUAGAAUAGCCAAUAGAAUUACAGUAGCUCUUAUUCUAUUGGCUUUAUUAGGGAUUGUGGCGGGGGAUCGCGGUUGACAGGUAGAUAGACAUUGCGCAUGCGUUAGGUUUUAUUUAGCCGAUCGCGGUUGACAGGUAGAUAGACAUUGCGCAUGCGUUAGGUGUUAGGUUUUAUUUAGCAGAUUGCGGUUGACAGGUAGAUAGACAUUGCGCAUGCGUUAGGUGUUAGGUUUUAUUUGGCAGGUAGUUUAGGGAGUUACGGGGCUCCAAUAGACAGCAUAAGGUUUAUUACGGCUGCAUUUUGUGGCGAGGUGAAAAUGGAGUAAGAUUUCUCCAUUUUUGCCACGUAAGUCCUUACGCUGUAUAUUGGAUACCAAACUGCGCGGGUUUGGUAUACUUGCCUAUGGCCCAAAAAACUACGGGCGAAGGCAGAAAUAUACGAGCGUAACUUCUAGGUUACGCCGUAUAUAGGAUACCAAACCCGCGCAAAUGUUGGCGUCGCCGGCUUCUGCGGGCGACGCUGUAUAUCGGAUCGAGGCCCAUAUGUUUAUUCAUCACUUAAAUACACAUAGAAGGUUCAAAACACAUAGGUGCAGACAAACACAUCUUAUGAUAAAUGAAAUAUUAAUUUGCGUUAUUCAAAAACGACGUUACAGCCUGUUGAGCAUUCUGAAGUUUAAUAUGCAUAGAUGGACUGACAGUGGUUCCUAUACAAUCUAUAUGAGUUAUAUAGGGAGGGCAUAGUGAUUUAAAUGUAUCCUUAUACUUUAAUCUCUACUCAAAAAUAAUAAUUAUAUGUAGAUAGAACAUGGAAUACCCAACUUCAGCCUUUCAAAGGCUACAUAAUAGACAAUAUUAACAAUCUUAUGAAUCAUUUUAUGCUUUAACUAUAUAAAAAAUCCUUUUACCAAAUAUUCUCUACUGCAGGCAUAAGCACUUGAAUCUCUCAUUAACACUCUUCAGAUUUAUUUUACAUUCAAAUUAGCAAUGGUCAAUGUGUUGGCAUAUUCAUUAAAAUAAUGAAUGCUGGCUGGCCAAAUAUUUUAUAUUAAAGGGACAGUCUAGUCAAAAUUAAACGUUCAUGAUUUAGAUAGGGCAUGCAAUUUUAAACAACUUUCCAAUUUACUUUUAUCGUCCCAUUUUAUUUCUCUUGAUAUUAUUUGUUGAAAUCUAAAUCCUUAGAGGCCACCUCUUAUCUCAGUGCAUUUUGACAGUUUUUUACAGCUAGACAGCACUAGUCUCAUGUGUGCCAUAUAGAUAACAUUGUGCUCAUUCCCGUGUAGUUAUUUGUGAGCCAGCGCUGAUUGGCUAAAAUACAAGUCUGUCAAAAGAACUGAAAUAAGGAGGUAGUCUGCAGAGGCUUAGAUACAAGGUAAUCACAAAGGUAAAUUAAUAUAACAGAGUUGGUUAUGCAAAACUGGGGAAUGGGUAAUAAAGGGAUUAUCUAUCUUUUUAAACAAUAAACAUUUUGGAGUAGACAGUCCCUUUAAAGUUUUUUUGCACACUAAUAUAACAUUUCUGUAAAAUAUUUGAUUAAGGAAAAAGAACAAAAACAUUUUAUAUGUUGACAUUUACAUUUUGAAUGUGUGUUUUCUUCAACUGAUUCAUUUUUAAACAUUUAUUAAAAUAUUACAUUUGAUACACCAAAAUUUGACACUUUGUUUUAAAGGAAAAUUACAUUUGUUCUAUGGAAAUUUUUACAUUUUGAAUGAAUGUCAAGGAGAACAUUUGCUCUUGUGUUUGAAUUGCACCAAUUAAAUGAUUGUCCAUAAAAUGUAUAGCAGCAUUAAAGUUUUUACUUCUGUUUGUUAAAACAGAAGCCAAAUAACAUAUAGGGCCUAGUAAUAAAAAAAACUCACCGGCAUAGACAAAAAUCACUCUUUUGAUGCUUUUUUGAGCAUUAUAUCGUAGUAUAUGUGUUUGUCCUUCAUAUCCAGAACCCUGCAUAGAAAGAUAAACAGAUAUGACUAUUUAAAAUUCUUUAAAAGGCCCCGCAGUACUGACGAUUAGACAUGUGUAGACCAAAUAAAUUUUGCUUCGGACAUAAUUUUCGUUUCAGAUAUUCAACUAAAUUCAUUUCCCCAAAUAUUUAUUUCCUGCACUAUUCAUUUAUUAUUUCCUUUAAAGCAAAAAUCGAAUAUUCGUUAAACAUUUGCAUUAAUUUUUGUUAUAUGAUUAAUGUACAUUUUUCGAAGCUACAGGUGAGAAGUUCACCUGUAGCUACAAAUACUUACCUUAACACGCUCUAGAGAAGGUAAGUAUUUAACCCUUGCAUUUUUUUUAAAGGAAACAAAUGAGAUGAUUUCCGUCAAAUGUGCAUUUAUCUGAAAACAAAUGCACAUCUCUACUGUCGAUACUUCUUAGAUAAUCUUUCCAGAGCAGAGAGCCCAUAGUGUGAUUAGAUUUUGCAUCAGACAUUCAUAAAGUAAAAUCAGUCAGGUGCUGAGGUAAUUGUCCUAUCAAUAAGCACCUAUUUUUUCUUGCUAAUUUUUACAAAUGUUAACAUAUUUUAUUAAUUAAGGAGUUUAGAUAUAUAUAUAUAUAUAUAUACGGUUGUAUUGAAAUGCAUUUAGCAAUACAUAUGCACAAAGUUCUCAAACAUUAUUCACCAAGUUUUAUAAGAUUUUGCAGGUUUUUUUUCCACACUCUUGUAUGUUUUAUACAUCACAUAAUCAGCUAUUAAGGUGCAAUAAAAUGUGUACUUUACAUGCAAUAUUUAUUUAUAUUCCUUGUUGAUAUCCUCAGAUAACUUAGGCCUAGUUUCCAUUGAUGUGGUAAAUUGUGGAAACUGGUGAUAAAAACAUUAAAGUCUAUAGAGAAUUUUUAUGUUACCAUUAGUUUCCGAAUGUUCCCACCUCAAUGAAAACUAGGCCUAAAUUUGCAAGAUUCCAAUGGCUAUUACGUAGGUUGUAACUUGUAUAAAUAUUGAUUGAAUAAAAGGCUGCUUAUGUUUAUUGUUAUUUUCAUGUCGUAGUAGUUUAUAUGUUGGGAUUGAAUUACUGAACAACACCAUUAUAUGUGUACUUUUUGUUCUAAUUUGUAUUUUGUUUUAUUAAAAAAAAAGCUUCUAUUCCA